AACCCCGAAAUUAAAACCUCAUUUCAAAUUCAUCUGUCCCGCUUUUCAGAUCUUCAUAUCUCUGUUUUUGUAGCUUUUGGUGUUUCAAAAGACUCUACUUUUCUUCUGAUUCUCUCUCAUGGCUCGCCGUUAUGAUUCUACUCCUUAUGACGAAGAAGUGAACCCGUUUGCGAAUCCUGGAAAUGUUCCCCCUGCAAACUCAAGGCUUUCACCGCUUCCUCCUGAACCUGCUGAAUAUGAUCGCAGUGCCACAGUUGAUAUUCCUCUUGAUAGUGCAAAGGAUUUGAAAAAGAAGGAGAAGGAACUUCAAGCUAAGGAGGCUGAAUUGAAAAGGAGGGAACAGGAAGUAAGGCGGAAGGAGGAUGCUGCUGCACAAGCUGGAAUUGUUCUAGAGACGAAAAAUUGGCCUCCAUUUUUUCCAAUUAUUCAUCAUGACAUUCCAAAUGAAAUCCCUAUCCAUUUACAGAAAAUGCAGUAUGCUGCAUUCACAACAUUGUUGGGUCUGGUAUUUUGUCUGCUAUGGAAUAUCGCAGCAACAACCACAGCCUGGAUCAAAGGGGAAGGUCCAACAAUUUGGCUUCUUUCUAUUAUCUACUUCAUAUCUGGGGUUCCAGGAGCCUAUAUAAUGUGGUAUCGUCCUCUUUAUCGUGCUAUGAGGACUGAUAGUGCCCUUAAUUUCGGGUGGUUUUUCUUGUCUUACCUGUUUCACAUUGCCUUCUGCAUCUUCGCUGCAGUUGCUCCUCCAAUUAUUUUCAAGGGAAACUCUCUUGCAGGAAUCUUGCCGGCCUUAGAAUUUAUGGUUGAUAAUCUUUUAGUUGGGGUCUUCUACUUUAUUGGUUUUGGGUUGUUCUGUCUUGAAUCAUUGCUUAGCGUAUCUGUUCUCCAGCAAAUAUACAGUUACUUCCGAGGCAGUGGUAAAGCUGCAGAACUUAAACGACAGGGCGUAAUGGCAGCGCUAUAACAUGACGCCUAUGGAACCUAGAUGGCACGUACUGACAGAUUCUUUGGUUGGUUAAUUCUGAGAAAUGGAAUUCUUUUAAGUCCCUGUUCUCUCAUCCCUUUCAGUGCUUGAUCUAGAAUUAAGUUCUUUGACGCAAUUUCUUAAAUAUCAUAUACAUAAACGAAGACCCUAGAGUCUAGACAAACAAGUAUAGUUUUUGACAUUUUAGUUUUGUUUUUUUGUAAAGCAUUGUUGGGGAUUUGAGGCCAAUCUUGAGACAUCGUUCUUUCAGAUUCUAUUGAAACCAGUAUAUGUUUGUUCCAGACUCCUUUUUGUGUGA